CGAAACGUUUGCUUUUUUGGGAAGCGAGAUUUUUUGAAAUUGUGCACAAAAAAAACUACGUCAACACUUUUUAAAAAUGUGUGACAACUUGUGGAGCUUGUUUGACUUCGAAGAGAAUGCAGCUCCCGAAAACCUCUCCGAGCUUCAAACCCUCAUCAAGCGCUGCGAUUGGACAGGUUGCUUUCGGCACCAGUUAUUCCAAACCCUCGCUACGUCCGACACCGCCGCCUUAUCCCAGGAGAACCCCGACGACCUGCUAUCUGCCGGCAUAGCUUCACUGCUUGCCUUCGUCCAGAACAAUUUCGUAGGCCCCACGGUGUCCUACGCCGAUGUGCUCCCUAACAUUCCGAACGCGAGAGAUGCGCUAAAAUCGGACGGCGAAGAGCUGAACGUGAACGUUCGAUCGCCCGAGUUGCUGUACUUUUGCAAAGUAGCGUUCGAGCAGCUGAGUGCGAAUGCUGAGGCGUUCGCGAUCAAGUUGUGGUAUGUUCGGUUCUUGGUCGUCUACCAGCGAUGUUUGGACGACCUGACGCACAGCGUUUAUACGAAGUUCGAUGAGACGGUGGGGCAGUUGGAGAAAGCGAUUGAGGGUGUGGAAGAUGUGAGGGUUAAAGUUCAGGCGCACGUCGAGAUCUUCCAGGGUUAUCUGCUGUUCAAGCGCAUCAGCAAGUCGGACCGCUGGCGGACGGCGCUGCAGACGUUGACGGGGGUUGAGAUAACCGUGGAGGGUGUGUUGGGCGUGCGGACAAAGUACCAGCAGAAGGCGCUGCCGCAGCUGACGUUGCGGGCAAAGGGGCUGGAGGGUGGUGACUUUGCGUCGGCGAAGGAAACGCAUGGACAGGUGGCGCUGCCGACGAUUCUGAAGUUGGAGGAUGAUUUGCGGCUGGAAAGGGUUAAAUUUAUGGAGGAGAAUGAGAACGAGGACGCUCAGCUGCCGGCGGUGGUUCAGCAGAUGGUGCUUUCGACGGUACUCUACCUGAAGUACUCGCAACCAAAGGACAAGCUGGCGGAUGAGGAGUUGCAGCCGUACAUAACAUCGCUGCUGUACCAGGAGUACGGACCAUGGGCGACCCGGAUUGGGGCGUUAUUCUUGAACGUGUGCCAAGAGUCGAAUCACAAGCGAACCGUUGACCGGUCGCUGAAGCAGUGCGAAGAGUUGGUCAAUUUGAUCGACUCCGACGUGGUUCCGGCCGAGCAUCGACUGGCCAGUGCGUUCUGCUCGGCGUUGAUUCCCCGAUGGCAGAUCAAGGCCAAGCUGGGUGAUUUGAUGGUUUCGCUGGGCAUGAUCAAGGGCGCGUUGGAUUUGUAUCUGGAGUUGCAACUGUGGGAGGAGGUCAUCGCGUGUUACAACCACUUGGAGUUGCGCCACAAGGCGGCGGAAAUUGUCCAGCAGGAGAUCGCCAAGAAGCCAACGGUGACGCUGUACUGCCUGCUGGGAGAUGCCACCGACGACGUUGAGUGCUACCAGAAGGCGUGGGAAUUUUCCAAGGAGACUAGCGCUCGCGCUCAACGGCACUGGGGAAAUUUCUACUUUGCCAAGAAGCAGUACGUGGAAGCGAUCCCACAUCUGAGCAAGUCGGUAGAGAUCAACUGUCUGCAGGAGAGCACACUGUUACGGCUGGGCUACGCCGCCCUCCAACUGGAACAAUGGGAAGAAGCGGCCAAGGCAUACCGUAUGUACACUUCCCUGGAAUCGCACGGGUUCGAAUCGUGGAACAACCUGGCCAUGGCUUACAUCAAGUUGGGCGACAAAAAACGAGCCCACAAAGUCCUCCAAGAAGCACUCAAGUGCAACUUCAACAAUUGGAAAGUUUGGGACAACUACCUGGUCGUUAGCAUCGACACCAAGAACUACGAGGACGCCCUCAACGCGUACGAACGCCUCAUGGAACUCAAAGAGAAAUUCUACGACCAACAAGUCCUAGAAAUCCUCACCAAGGUCAUCUCCGAAGGCGCUCCCGAUGCCACCGGAAACUCCUCCUCCCGACUAACCAAAAAGAUUCUCAAACUGCUAGGCCACGCCUGCGCCCAAUCCCCCACCAACGGCUUACUGUACGAACUAUCAUCCCGCCUCGAAUCCGAAGACCCGCUCAAGAAAGCCCAAAAACUCCAGAACGCGUACCGCGGCUACACCCAAUCCAACAGCCACUGGUCAAAAGCGCCCGACAGCUGCGAAAAGAUCCUCCAGCUUUGCAUCGAACUGUGCGAGGCCAGUUUGAACGCAUUCCAAGCGGGAAAAACGGACCCCGCCAAGCUCCCGUCCGCAAAGUCCCAGCUGUCCUCGGCCCGGCUCACCGGCCAAGGCUGUCUGCGGGCCGCGAGCAACGAAAACUGGGAACAAAAUGCCACCCUCGUGGAGAACCUCACGGCGGUUGUGCAAAAACUAACCGAGGAACUCACGAAUGCUAUGAACUAAUAAAAUGUUUUGCUUGAACAUUCUUCA